AUGGCUUCUUCUCUCCCAGGUGCUGCUUCUCAGAGAAGAAAGAGAAAUCAUCCUGGAAAUCCAAGUCCUGAUGCUGAGGUUGUAGCCCUCUCUCUGGACACUCUAGGGGCUACAAACCGGUUUUUGUGUGAGGUGUGUGAUAAGGGUUUUAAAAGGGAGCAGAACUUGCAGCUUCACAGAAGAGGACACAAUCUUCCCUGGAAGCUCAAGCAAAAGACAAGCCAUGAAUUCAAGAAAAAGGUUUACAUCUGCCCUGAACCUGAUUGUGUCCAUCACGAUCCCUCAAGGGCUCUUGGAGAUUUGACCGGAAUUAAGAAGCAUUUCUUUCGGAAACAUGGUGAAAAAAAAUUCAUUUGUGAUAAGUGUAACAAGGCAUACGCGGUGCAAUCUGACUGGAAGGCUCACCAUAAGACCUGUGGUACAAAGGACUACAUAUGUAAAUGUGGUACUACCUUCUCCAGGUGA